CACAAACGAAUGGCCGAGUUGUUUCUGCAUUGCUCUAUUUUUAUUUGUAACUGCGAAAUAAAUAGCUAAUUCAAGUAAUUUGGUAAAAAACUAUCAAGUAUUAUUUAACGCGGUGAAUAAAAUUCUUCCUGGAUUGUUCCACAAUGGUACGUUAAACUCGCAACCACGAUGCCCGACCGCGGAUGCGUUACGAACCGCAGUUCAUUGCCUUAUGUAAAACUGGUAAUAGUGUUUCUUCCGUGAGUGACCGAAAUAUACAGUGACUUAUGUGUAUAGUUCGUUGGUUUAUGUGAAUAGUGAUAUAAGUGAGAAAAAUGUCCACCACAACGGCUCAAGUGUUGAUGAAGAAGGGGAAACGAGGUGCCGCGGCUUAUAUCCAUGCGGAUUGUGUGAGCGGAUACCCGCAGUACCUGGGGCCACUUCUGGACGUCUUGCUGAACCCUGGCAAGGCUAUAGAUGAGUGGGAGACGAUAGACUGGUGUCGCUGGCUGCUCGCUGGCGGGAGGACCCCCGAUGAGUUCGCCGCAAUCGUGCGCAGCUUCGACCAGCACGACAAAUGCGGGCUGGUGUGGAUCCCGCGCGUGGUGGCCUACCGCUGCCGCACCUGCGGUAUCUCGCCAUGCAUGUCCAUCUGCCGCGAGUGCUUCCACCGCGGGGACCACUCCACGCACGACUUCAACAUGUUCCUGUCGCAGGCGGGCGGCGCUUGCGACUGCGGCGACAACUCCGUCAUGAGGGAGGACGGGUUCUGCAGUAACCACGGGAACCGCUUCCCGCGGCCCGGCACCGCGCCCGCUGAGCUGAUGUGCAUCGCGGAGGCGAUGAUGCCGCGGCUCAUCCUACGGCUGUUGCAGCACUUCCGCGAGAACAGCACGGGCGAGUCAAACUCGGACAGCUACCGGCAGGCGGUGCAGGAGUGCGAGGGCUACGUGCAGAUGCUGAUGGAGUUCAACAACAUGGGCGACCUCAUGCGCUCCGCCAUGACCAAGGCGCUCAUCAACCCCCAGAUGUACCUGAACCUGGUAUCGCCCCCGCACCCCGACACGGAGUACGGCCGCUACAUGACGCUGUCGCACAAGAUUUACGAGCUGGCGCUAGACUCCUUCCCCGCGCCCGACCCGCCCGAAGAAUACAGACAUUUCCCAGCACUGGCGCCCCGGCUGAAGCACACCACGUUGCUGGAGGAGUUCAUUUUCUGGACGUUCAAAUACGAGUUCCCGCAGAAUGUGGUCUGCUUCCUACUCAACAUGCUACCCGAUCAGGAUUAUAAGGAGCACCUGACGCGCACGUUCGUGCUGCACUACGCGCGCAUCCCGCUGGUGCUGGAGGGCUCGGCGGACCCGGACACGCUGUCCAACCGCGUGGUGCACAUGUCGGUGCAGCUGUUCUCCAACGAGGCGCUGGCGCUGCGCUGCGUGCAGUCGCUGCAGCUGCUGCACGUGAUGGUGCUGUCGCUGCGGCUCAUGAUGGCCAAGGUGCUGGUGCGCGCCGAGCCGCACGCGCCCGCCGCCAGCCGCCACCGCGUCAUCGACUGCACGCGCCGCGUCAUGAAGGAGCACUGCUACUGGCCGCUCGUGUCCGACUUCAACAACGUGCUGUCGCACCGCAGCGUGGCGCUGCUGUUCCUGCAGGACGACGCGCUCGUGCACAUGUGGUUCGAGUUCCUGUCCAUGCUGCAGGGCAUGAACGUCAACGUGCGCGAGACGGGCGGGCACAUCGAGUUCGAGCCGUCGUCGUACUACGCGGCGUUCUCGUGCGAGCUGGAGGCGGCCGCCUACCCCAUGUGGAGCGUGCUGGCGCACCUGAGCGAGCCCGCGCACGCGCCGCUGGCGCGCCGCCUCGUGGCCGCCGCGCUGCGCUCGCUGCGCGACUGGCUGCACGCCGUGGGCUUCACCGCGCCGCGCCUGCACCGGGCGGAGAUGAUGCACGCGUCGUUCCACUUCCCGCUGCACCGCUACCUGUCGGCGUUCCUGUGCGCCGCCGUGCGCUGCAUGCAGGUGCGCGCCGCCGACGUGCUGCCGCCCGCAGAGCUGCUGGCGCUGCUGGCCGCGCACCCGCUGCGCGUGCAGAGUCUGUUCUACGAGAUCCUGGCGGGCGUGUGGGUGCGCAACGGCCUGCAGAUCAAGGGGCAGGCGAUGACGUACAUCCAGGCCAACUUCUGCAACUCCAUGGUUGACAUGGACAUCUACUGGCUGCAGAUCUGCGCGGCGCACCUGCCCGCAGACCAGUUCCUCGACAUGUGCAUUGACGUUUUCGGUGUGCGCGAGUGGCUGAGCUUGACGCCGAUGUCGCCCGCACAAACCUCGGAGCAAUACGCCAUGGUGGAGGGCCUGCUCACAUUCCUCGCGAUCCUCGUCUCAUCGAGAACCAAUCUCGGCAACGACGAGCUCACGCAGUCCAAGCUGGAGGUGGCCACGCUGCUGGCGGCGGGCGACAAGACGCACUCGCAGCUGCUCGAGCUCAUGCCGGAGCGCUCGGGCAACGCGCACACCAGGAACUUCGAGGCCGUGCUCCAGGAGCUAUCGGAAUACCGCGCACCCCCCAAAGGCUCGGAGAGCUUGGAGCAAGGGCUGUUCGUGCCCAAGCCGAUAGUGUGGGAGCAGUACUACGACCCUCUGCACCUGCUGCAGAGGGCGGUGCACCGCCGAGACUUCCACACCUCCAUGGACCGGUUCACGGCAUAUGUACGAGAGAAGCAAAAGGCCGCCGGCAUCACAGUUCAGGGCGCGCUGUGGCCGCCGCUGCGACCUGCACAAGCGCCGCCCGCAGCCGCCGGCGACCCCAGGCAGCUAUGCGCCUCAGGCGUGCUGCACGGCGCGUUGCUGGCGGUGCUGUACCGCGGCGUGCGGCGGCGCCACGCGGACGGCGCGGGCGGCGCGGGCUGGCGGGCCGAGAGCGCGCCGGCCGUGGAGGCGCCGCCCGACCACGUACUGGCGCUGGCCGUGUACCUGCUGGCCACGGCCGCCGACCUGGCCAACGAGCGCGCGCGCACGCACAACCGCGACGUGUGCCUGGCGGAGGGCGCGCGCGGCGGCAGCGUGCGCAUCGCGGGUGUGCCGUUGCUGCGCGCGUUCGCGGGCGGCGCCGUGUGCGACAACGCGCGCGCCGUGCUCGCGUCCGUGCCGCCGCCCAGCCUCGCCGACGACGGCCAUCUGCACCGGCGCCCGCAGCACGACGACAGUGACCCGGAGUGGGAGGGGCCCGACGACGAGCCGCGCCCCGCCAGCAAGGCCGCGUCCCUGCCCGCCGCCAGCACGGCGCUGGCCGUACCCUCCUCCCUGCACAUGGUACGCGACAACUCCGUGUCAGACGAUCAGUCGGAAAACGGCGGAGACACACCCACAAUACGAGCACUUGAGAGUGGCAGCGGCGAGAGUCAAGCACUGGUUGUGCCGGGCCUGGCCGCCGCCGCCGCGGACCUGGACUUGCAGAUGGUGGCAGAGCACAUGACCCUGGCCAUCCCCGAGAACACCCUGGCGCAGCUCGGGCUGGACCCGCCGUCCGAGCCUAUUGCUUACGAAAUUGACGAACCGGAAUGGCGCCUCACUAUCCACGAGGAAUCGCCCCCUCGCGCCGCGCUGCCCGCACCACCGCCCUCCUCCGACACACAAAUGCAAGUACACACGUCGAACGACGAACAGAUCCCGGUGAAUGAGUCUAUAAUAUCGUUACUGCUGAAACUGCACUCGCAAAUGUCUGGACGACUCGACUCAUUCGCCCUGGAGGAGCCCGCGCCCACAUCGGAGGAACCUAUUGGGGACGGGCCGCACUUCAUCGGCUCGCUGCUGCACAAGCUGGCGGCGCUGGACGCGCGCUGCGCGGGCGCCGUGCAGAACGUGCGCCGCACGCUGUGGCCGCACCAGCGCGAGCGCCAGGCCGAGCAGCGCGCCAGGGAGAGGCGGGAGAAGGAAGAGCGCUCCCGCAAGGCGCGCGAGCGGCAGCAGCUGCUGAUGCGCGAGUUCGCGCGGCGCCAGCAGCAGUUCCUGUCCGCCAUGGCCAUGGAGGUGGGCGACGGCGCCAUGGAGUGGGACGACGACGACGAGCCGCCCGAGCCCGACUACGACUGCGUCAUCUGCAACACCACCACGCCCACCUCGGCGCAGGACCCCAUCGGCCUCGUCGUGCUGCUGCAGUCCACGUCCGUGCUGGGCCACCGGCGGCGCAAGGGCAGCGGCGUGGCGCGCCUGGCGCUGUCGGAGAGCGAGCGCGCGCGCCUGGCCGCGCAGACCGGCGCCACCGCCGCCGCGCACCACUACCGCCUGCACGACGACCUGGACCUGCACUUCGACCAGGAGUCGUGGGUGCUGUCCGUGUCGGUGGGCUGGGAGGGCGGCGUGGCGGCGCAGUCGUGCGGCCACCACCUGCACCUGCGCUGCCUGCGCUCGUACCUGCGCUCGCUGGCGGCGCCGCAGCGGCCGCACAACCUGCACGUGGAGCGCGGCGAGUUCCUGUGCCCCGUGUGCCGCCAGCUGGCCAACGGCGUGCUGCCGCUGGCGCCGCCGCCGCCGCGCAGCGCGCUGCCCGUGCCGCCGCUGCAGCCCACGCACCUGGCGCUGGCCGCGCAGCUGCUGGAGGUGCUGGAGCGCGCGCGCGACCCGCCCGCGCCGGUGGCGCCGACGCGGCUGUCGGAGGCCACGGGCAAGGCCAUGGAGGCCAUGACGUCCAUGGCGGGCGGCAAGCUGAAACAACGAUACGGCUCGUCGCCCGGCGCCAUCUUCACGUUCAUGGCGUCGCUGGUGCGCACCAACGUGGAGUGCGAGCUCGUGCAGCGCGGCGGCUCGCUGGUGGAACAGCCCGCGCCGCGCUACAAGCCGCGCGAGGAGUGCAUCGUGCCCUUAAUAGCGGUAGUCGGAGCUCACUCCGGAGCGCUAGCGGCGGCGGGGGUGCAAUUAGGAGCGGGGGCCACGUGGCGGGCGCUGGUGCCCGGCGCGGCCGCUACGCCCUUGCUGGGGGCCGCUAGCUCCCCCGUGCUGUCCGACGGGACCCCGGCUCGCCCGGUGCCGCUGCUGUUGCGGGACCCCACCGCCUUACUCAUGCACUUCCUUCUUCUGGGGUCGACUCAUCCCCCGCAUAUGGAUUUGAUGCACUUCACGUGCGUGGUGCGCGCGCUGUACGCGCUGGCGUACUACCAGGUGGUGAACCAGCUGUGCGCCACGGGCGCGCUGCCGGCCGCCAUCGCGGCGCACCAGGCCGACGAGUCCCCGUGGGAGAGCGGCUGCGAGAGCGGCGGCCUGCGCGCCGCGGCGCAGCUGCUGCUGGCGGCGCUGGCCGGCCGCCUGCUGCCCGACGACGCGCCCGGCGCCGCGCCCGCGCUGCACGCCGUCGAGCUGGAGGUGCAAGAGCUGGUGGUGCCGUUCCUGCGCGUGGCGGCGCUGCUGCGCAAGCACAUCUACGGCGGCGAGCUGCCCGCCAUCCGCUCCGAGCAGGAGGAGUUCGCGGGCCUGCUGCGCUAUCUGGAGCUGGUGCCCGACACGCCCGCCGCGCUCACGGCCGACUGCGCGCUGUGGCCCGGCUCCGCCGCCGCCGCCAAGGCCUGGGCGCGCCAGCUGGCGGCCGCCUCGGCCGGCGGCCAGCUUGCGGUGCAACGCGUGAUGCGCUCGCUGCACGUGUCGUGGUGCGGGCCGGCGCUGCUGGCGUUGCCGCGCGACUACGACCGCCUGUUCACGUACUACCACGAGCGCGUGUGCCUGCAGUGCGGCGCCGUGCCCAAGGAGGCGUCCGUGUGCCUGCUGUGCGGCACGCUGGUGUGCCUCAAGCAGCCGUGCUGCCGCCACCACCAGGUGGCGGAGGCGGUGCAGCACGCCACGGAGUGCGGCGGCGGCACGGGCAUCUUCCUGGUGGUGACGUCCACGUACAUCAUCGUCAUCCGCGGCCAGCGCGCCUGCCUGUGGGGCAGCCUCUACCUCGACGACUACGACGAGGAGGACCGCGACCUCAAGCGCGGCAAGCCGCUGUACCUGAGCCAGGACCGGCUGGAGCUGUUGCAGGCGCAGUGGCUCGCGCACCGCUUCGACCACACCAAGCGCACGUGGGUGUGGCACCGCGACUCGCUCUGAGCGCCGGCCUGGUUGCCCGACAUCAUUCAGCAAUGAACUGAAUGACGACCAGCAACCGCGUUCCGCAUGACCACUCACCGUCUCCCGCGCAGCGGAGACCACUCGCCACGCCGCAGUGCGCUCGCACCGCUGCCCAGACGAUUGCUGUAGAUACAUGUAUCAAAUACUGUUAAUUACGUCUCUAAUAUUAUAUCUUAUUACGUUUAGACUGUGUUAUUUUGAUAAAGCAAAGUUGUCACCUUAGUUUUAUCGUUAAAGCGAAGAUAAUUUCGAUAUCGUUAAUGUAAAACCCAAAGGACGUUUUAAACGAUGUGAUUCCACUGCCGGACAUAGAUCUCUCGUGUCGCUUUUGUCCAGCGACUAGCUGUCACCGGCAGUGGGGGGGUCUGCCAACCAUGGGAGAAUUCAUUGCAGCACGUGGGGGCCAAUUGGCCCCCAAACUUUGUGCCCCCGGUUGGUCUUUUGUAUAUAAAUUUUUGAGUGAUAUUUGUAUUUAGUUCAUUUAUAACGAGAUUCCUUAAGAACGCCGCACGUUGGCAUUGGCAUUACCCUAAGUGAAUUUAUGGGCUUUGCCACUAUGUAAAGGCUGGCCGCUGGCGUAGGUGACCUUGUGAUAUCUUUACGUUUUUACAUAAAGUAUUCAUGAACAGACACACCCACGCAUAGGCUAGCGACAUUUGCUUAUCGGUAUGUCUGUACCUACUAACGACCGUUUUCUAUAAUCAAUCUAUUUGUUAUCUAUUGAUAUAUU